AGAGUGCAGGUCAUUCUAUUUUCGUUUCACUCAAGUCUGCUCCAUUCAAUGCACUUGUCUUCUCCUCCUCCUACUUCACCACCCUCCCUUAAAUAAUCCCUUGUCUGCAACUUGGAUUGGGGCCACCUAUUAUCUAUAAAAAGCACUUUCACGUGCCUAUUCACGUGUCUCACCUCCCCUCCUCUCUUAAACAAACAAGAACUUUGAGAAAGCUUUCAGCUUUGUACUAUCGUUGAGUAGUUGAGACUGAUAUUAUUUCUUUCAUGAAAUUUCUACUUCUAAAGUAAUUUUCCUCGCUUCUGAUUCAGGAGAUCGAAUUUGCAGCAUUAGCAGAGGUGGAGAUUAGCUUGGAAUUUCCUUCAAUUUACUACUAGUUUAUCUUAUUGCGUGCUGGAUCCACAUUUGACUGAUAUAGUGAACUCCUCCGAUGUGAGUUUUUUAAUAAUUCAUUUUAGUACAUUGUUCUUGUGUGAGCAUCUAGACAACAAGAUAGAUACACACUGUGAAGCUGGUUGACUCAUUAAGAAAAUUCGGGUUUUCGUGUUCAAUUGAGAUCUCAGUUGGUGGUGAAGGGGAAAAUUCACUCUUUCGUUUUUCACCUUGAUGCCUUUGAGUUCGGGUUAAACAGAUGGGGGGUUGUGUUUCAGUUAGUAGUGGUAGUAACAAUGGAGAUAGAGUGUCUUCCUCGUGUUUGAAUUCGAGAUCAAAUGCGCGAAGGAGAAAGAAGAGAUCACUCUCGGGACGAAUCACCACUUUGCAGCACUUAUCUCACAUACCCAACCGGAUUUUCGCAAAUGGGAAGAGCAAAACUUCUUGUAUCUUCACUCAGCAAGGGCGCAAAGGAGUAAACCAAGAUGCUAUGUUGGUGUGGGAAGAUUUUGACUCAGAAGAUGCAAUUUUCUGUGGUAUCUUUGAUGGGCAUGGUCCACAUGGUCAUCUUGUCUCUCGGAAAGUGAGGGAUACGUUGCCGUCGAAGUUACUCUCAUUUCUUCAUUCUCAGGAGUCGAAGGGAAAUCGAUCAAGUAUUAAUUGUUUUAAUAGGAAAAGCAAAUUAGACCAAGGAAAUUCCGAGGGGGGUAUCUCUACUGAGGAUCAAUUGAGCUCUAAGUGGAAAGAAGCCUUUCUUAAAUCAUACAAAUCCAUGGAUAAGGAGCUGAGAUCCCAUCCUUCCCUGGACUGCUUCUGCAGUGGCAGCACUGCUGUUACUAUAGUGAAACAGGGGUUGAAUCUUUUCAUGGGAAGCAUUGGAGAUUCUAGGGCAAUUUUGGGAUCCAGAGACAACAACAAUACCAUGGUUGCAGUACAAUUGACAGUGGAUUUAAAGCCCGACUUGCCAAAGGAAGCUGAAAGGAUUAAACGUUGUAGAGGUCGGGUCUUUGCUCUGCAAGACGAACCCGAAGUAUGCAGAGUUUGGCUGCCAUUUGAUGAUGCCCCGGGAUUAGCAAUGGCGAGAGCAUUUGGGGAUUUCUGUUUGAAAGAUUAUGGAGUGAUAUCUAUACCAGAAUUCUCUCACAGGGUACUCACAGAGAUGGAUCAGUUCGUUGUUCUUGCAUCAGAUGGGGUUUGGGACGUAUUGAGUAACGAAGAAGUGGUCGAGAUUGUCUCGACAGCUCCAACUCGGUCUUCAGCAGCACGUAUACUUGUCGAUGCAGCUGCCCGUGAAUGGAAACUCAAGUACCCAACUUCAAAAAUGGAUGAUUGUGCCGUUGUUUGCAUGUACUUAGAUGGAAAAAUGGAUAACGAAUCAGAUCUAGAAGACCAAGGAAUCUGUGUAGCCACCAACCCUAACUACAGUUCUUGUACUGCAACAGAAUCAGAUGAAGGUCACAACAGUGAACCAACUCUUCGAAGGAACUAUACUGUCAGGUCGGCUGAAGACAGUGAUCCGAAUAAUAGAAUACAAAUUGAGAUCGAAGAAAAACAAAACACAGUGAAUGCAACAAGUGAAGAUCAAAACUGGUCAGGAUUGGAAGGUGUAACCCGAGUUAACUCACUUGUUCAGCUUCCUCGAUUUUCUGGUGAAAAGCUGAACUCUUGAUCUUCUUUUUUAUGUGGGUGUUCUGAUGGGCAAUGUAAUUUAUUUCUUGUAACUUCAUGACUUUAGUUAGGAACACCAGAGGAAUCUGAAGAAGUUUUAGAAUUGUUUUGUGUUAAGUAUUUUUAAUGUAAAUGUUACUAUCAUUUUGUUAUGUUAUUAUCUUUGCAGCA